UUCAACGAUCGCUUCAAGUCGCAUAAAGUCAUCAAUACUCAGUUUCAAUUUCAGUGCCAAGUGUGAAAAGAAAAGCCAAAAAUGUUCAUCGUUCGUUCCAAACUGCUAACAAUUUCAUUACUGAUUACCGCCGGUAAUAGUUUCUCAUUGAAUACUGAUUGGUGGAAACACACAAUUAUAUACCAAAUUUACGUACAGUCGUUCAAAGAUAGCAAUGGAGAUGGUAUGGGCGAUAUUAAAGGAAUUACGAACAAACUCGAUCACUUCGUCGAUUUGGGAGUCGAAACGCUUUAUUUGACACCAUUUUUUCUCUCGCCGAUGAUAGAUGCUGGAUAUGAUGUAUCUAACUUUACUGAAAUUGAUCCAUUAUUCGGAACAAUGGAAGAUUUUAACGAAUUAAUGAGCGAGAUGAAACGUCGAGGCUUAAAACUGAUGACCGACCUUGUCAUCAACCACAGCAGUGACGAACAUCCUUGGUUUGGAAAAUCCGUCGAUAGAAUAUAUCCAUAUACAAAUUUCUACGUAUGGCUCGAUCCUAAAGGAUAUGAUUCAAAGGGACAGCCCAUUCCGCCAAAUAACUGGUUGAGUUUAUUUGAUGACUGUGCUUGGGAAUGGAAUGAGAAAAGAGGCCAAUUUUAUCUACAUCAGUUCGCCAUUAAACAACCUGAUUUCAAUUUACGUGAUGCCGAAUUGAAAAAGGAAAUAAAGAAAAUCAUGAAAUUUUGGUUGGACUUAGGCGUGGCUGGUUUCCGACUGGAUGCCACGAGACAUUAUAUCGAAGAUAUAUAUUUCAGGGAUGAACCAUUUGUAGAUCCACACAAAACGAAAACUACCAUAUACAACGACUUGAAACACCCAUAUACGGCUGACUUGUGGGAAACUUACGAAUUUAUACAUGAACUCAGAGAUUUUAUGGAUCAAUACACUAUGAGGAAAGGACAACAACUUGAAAGGAUUUUGGCACCCGAAGCGUACACAAAUCUGAAUCACACGAUGGCUUAUUACGGCACAGACGAUUAUGGCAUAACGCACUUUCCUUUCAAUUUUAAAUUCGCCACUCUGUACGAUUUCGCGAAUGCUACCAUAUACAACGAUCGUAUAUUAGAAUGGUUGAAAAACAUGCCGAAAGAUGCAACUCCAAAUUGGGUGACAGAAAAUCACGAUGAUUUGAGAAUCGGUAGCAGAUUAUGCGAAGAGUACAUGGAUAUUGUAACCAUCACAAUAAUGACGCUGCCUGGUAUAGCAUGCGUUUACUAUGGGCAAGAAAUCGGUAUGACCAACGGUUACGUUCGACCUGACCAAAGGAAAGAUCCGAAUCAUGAUGCUACGCCCAAAGCUAGGAGCAGGGAUGGUGAACGAUUGCCGAUGCAAUGGGACGAUACGAUGAAUUCGGGGUUCACAUCAAAGUACAAACCGUGGCUCCCAGUGCACCCGAAUUAUUGGCAAGUCAACGUUGAAAAACAAAAAUCCCAACAAGUCAGCAGAUAUAAUAUAUUCAAAGCAUUGUCGCAGAUUAGAAAAAGAAAAACCAUGAAAAUUGGACAUUUCGAAUCAUACGUUGUUUCUGAUUGGGUCUACGCGUUUACUAGAUCGUAUCGCCGCCACGAAACAUACAUAACGGUUUUGAAUUUGGGCAGUGAAAUCGAAUUGAUCAAUUUACACGACGUCAUCAGCAACUUGCCAUCAACUUUACAAGUGGUUACAGCUAGUGUCAAUGCAGGCUAUGUAAAAGGAGAUCAAAUUCAAAGUAUACCCAAGUUUCCGAGUAUUUUCUCAAUGAGGCCAUUAUCCGCUAUCGUUCUAACCUCCAGAGUUCAUUCCAAACCUUAGAUGUUCAGAACGCAACCAAUUGACCCAAGAAUAAAUAAAAACUUAUCGGAAUAAAUUCAAGAUGUACUUAAACUUUGAAAAAACUUACCAAAACG